AAGAAAAGUGGCUCCAGCGGAGCUGUUUGAAGUCAGACGGGCGGUGGUGUUAUGGACUGUUAUCCAGUAGCGAUCAAUCCCCGGGGGUAUAAACGCACCACAUGCCGGUGAUGGACUACAGGAGAGAAACACAGCUCCAUCGCUUCCAGUCCAAAUUGAAUGGAAUACUUGAAUGAUCGGAUGAUACACGGACCGUUCUAGGAUUACAUUCCAUCGGAGGCAUUGGUGUGUGCAAGGCGCCGUUUCUCUUUCUGAUGGGCAUUGUGAAUCAACGAAGGCAGAAAAUAUCCUUACCGAUGGGCUCAAAGGCUGAAGAUACUCUGAACUCACUCCGGUCGAACGAAGACGCUUCAGGCCUCGGGCCGUUCUCUGGGAGCCCGUUUAAGUCUUGUGCCGAGAGUGAACUGGACGGCUCGGGUUCUGAAGGCUCCGUGGUGUCCGGCCCCAGCUCCCCGCCUGUUGACCUUCGCUCACUGAGGUGCAGGAAGUGUGACAGUCUCUUCUCCAAAAUGAGGAGACAAGGACCUCCGAGAAAAAAACCACGAAACAACAAUCCAGCCUCGCUGUCGUGUGACGAGUGGCUGCUGGAGAAAACAUGGCAGCCACUGAGACGGCCGCAGUCCCGAGGGAGGUUAUGGGUGCACUUGAAGCGCAUCAGGCUGCGAGCUGCAAAGCAGUCAGACGAUGGCAUGAUGAAUAAAGCGUGGCCGCUCUGCUCCAGACCGCACGUGUUCCUGCAGAGGAACUUGCGUCGCUGUAAAAAGAUAUCUGGAAAGCCGUCUAAAAGCAAAGCGAAGUCAGUCCAUCUGCGGAGAAAUCAGGCAAAUCCUACACGUCCUCUACGCAGCGGAAAAUAUCAGCGGCAAAAGAAAAGGAAGUCCUCAGAGAAAGCCGACGCUUCAGAGCAUCUUUCACCGGUCGAUCUCACCAAUUCCACAGAAGACGAACUGUCUGCAAAUGAAAACGCUCACCAUGAGAAAGUUCCCAAGAAACAAUCUGUUAGUGAUGCGAGUGGCUUCAUGGACAUCCAGGUUAAUGGCAGUGGCCAGGAGGGGACUCAAAGGGUGCUGAGGUUCGACACGUCUUCUCCCAGUGCUGUCCUCGCUGAAACGCACACCCCAAAGCACCGCCUCGUGCAUGUGAACGCGGGAGGAAAGUCGCGUGAAGGCCGAGCAGAUUUCAUAAUGAAGAACAGAGAUUGUCCCAGAAGGCUAGACGAGGAUUCGGAUGCAUUUCGAACACCUACAGAGCUCCUCGGUGCAGAGUUGAAGCCCGUCAGAAAGGUCAGGCCGUCGCGUCCAUUUGGUGCACGGAAAGACAGCUUCAGGACCAUGCUGGCUGCACUCGGGCACGGCCGUAACCAGAUUAUUAAAGAGUUCCAUCACUGAGAAUCUAUAUUUAUAGCUGCUUGUUUUGUAAUUUUUUUUGUUAGUUAUACAGCUUGUUCCUGUCCUGUCUGCCUCUUGUCCAAUACCUUUCCAAAAUACAAUACGGUUCAGUUUAACAUGAAGACGAAACUCAACCCAGGCUUUGCAUAACAGAUGUUUACUGCACCUAUUUGCUAACUGUAAAACAUGUUAAAAGACUGUUAACUAGCAUCAAAAGUCACAUAUUCGUGGGAGCCAGAAUAGCAGUGGCUUUUACGGAAGACUAGUUUAAAAACUGUGUUUAACUGGAAAUACAGAAUUGCAUCUUUUUUUUUUUAUUUAUUUAUUAUAUUUCUUUAGUCAUGUUCUCAUUUCCUGUUGUUGUAAAAUAAAUACACUUUUUAAUA